UCAACAUGGCGGCUUCCAUGGCAGCAUCCAUUAAAUCGGACAAGGAUUGGAACAUCGGUUUUCGUGCGUACCCAAUCAAGUUCAACCGUGAAAGCGAUGCUGGUCAUGUGAUGUACUUCAAGCAACACAUCUCGAGGGAGCCUGCAGAGUUUGAAUUGUCGAGCAGGAUGAUUUUUGUCAUUAAUGUACCUCCAUAUUGUACUCAGGAGUGUCUUGAGAGGUUGUUUGGUAGUUGUGGGAAGAUAGAAACUGUGUUGAUCCAGCAGGCUCCAAGAAUGUCUCCAUCAUCUGCAAAAUUAGAGGACUCGCAAUAUUUCCCAUCCAGGGAGCAGAUGACGGGAUUUCGUGUAGCAUACGUAACCUACGAAGACCCAGGUUCAUUAGAACGAUUAAACAAGAUGAAUUUCAAAGAGCCAAAAUUUCUCUCUACUCCGUCAUCUCCAAUAGCUACCGGCCUUGAAAAAUGGUGCAAAGAAUACAGAGACCAACGUCCGAAGAUUGACCUCUUGCAAAAGGAAAUCGAUGAUUUUAUGUUAGGGUACGACAAGAAUAAGAAGAUCGAAGAUGAAAAGCAGAAGGCUGAGGAAGAGGCUGAUGACGAAGGGUGGAUAACUGUUUCAAGAAAGGGAGCAAAGCCAGGCAUUGCCCGAACGGAGAAAAAUCAAACGCGCACAUUAGCCAAAGAAAUUAAAAAACGUAAACGGAAGGAACUUGUCAACUUCUAUACAUUCCAAAUGCGAGAAUCAAAACGUGAACAUAUCGCUGAACUUCGGAAGAAAUUUGAAGAGGACAAGCUAAGAAUUGCAGAAAUGAAAGCAGCACGUAAAUUUAAACCUUACUGAUGGAAAAUUAAAAAUAUUCCAGUGCUUCCACUUGUAAGAAAAUACCACUGCAUAAAAGAAAAUCAGAGCAGAGGUAUCAUUUUAAAUGAUACAUUUGAAAACUGACUCUUGUUGUUAUAGAUACUACUUUACAUUGCCUCUCUUUCCUGUGAUUGUCACGGUCAGUGAGCAUAUGCAAGUGAGUUUAUUUAUCUAGCCAAAUCCUAGAAUGAAGAAUUCUAUGAAUGGGUCGGGAUUAAUUAUUGAUGUUACUUUCAUGAUUUAAGACUAAAUCUGAAUAAAUAUGUAGAAUUUGUAUAACCAA